AUGGAUUGUCUGAAGAAAACUUUAUUGUUCCUACUCUCAUGCACGUCUAUUCUGCUAAGUAACGCUACAAACGUUGGCUUGAACUAUGGUCUUCUCGGAGACAACCUCCCAUCACCUCCACAAGUCAUCAACCUUUACAAGUCCAUAGGCAUUACUAAAAUCCGUAUCUUCGACCCAAACGUAGCGGUUCUCAACGCCGUACGUGGUCACCAAGAUAUUAGUGUCACCGUGGGCGUCAAGGACCAAGACUUGGCUGCUCUUGCAGCCAGUGAAGAAGCUGUUAAAACCUGGUUCGCUACCAACAUUGAGCCUUACUUAACCGACGUCAACAUAACAUUCAUUACCGUCGGUAACGAAGUCAUCCCUGGACCACUCGGAUCUCAAGUGCUUCCCGUAGUGAAGUCUCUCACCAACCUCGUAGAUUCCAUGAAUCUUCCCAUCUCAAUAACCACCGUUGUCUCAAUGGCAAACCUCGGACAGUCUUACCCACCUUCCUCCGGAACGUUCACGCCCCUAGCGCGUGAACAACUCACACCGGUUCUAAACUUCUUGUCUGAGAACAAAAAUGUACCGAUCCUUGUCAACAUGUACCCUUACUUCCCUUACGCAUCAGACCCUGUGAACAUCGACAUAAACUACGCAACUUUCAACACUAAUGCCAUCGUGGUACAAGACGGACCGUUGGGCUACACUAACAUGUUUGAUGCAAUGUUCGACGCGUUCUUGUGGGCAAUGGAGAAGGAAGGCGUGAAAGAUUUACCGUUGGUGGUGUCUGAGACCGGGUGGCCAUCUUCUGGUAAUGGUGACCUUACCACGCCGCUUAUUGCAUCUACUUAUAAUGGAAACUUUGUGAAGCAUAUUGAAAGUGGUAAAGGGACUCCCAAGAGGUCAAACUGUAGCAUUGAUGGGUAUAUAUUCGCUACUUUUAAUGAGAAUCUGAAACCAGCUGGGACUGAACAACAUUUUGGGUUGUUUGAACCUACUGAUAUGAAGCCUGUCUACAAGUUGUUUUGA